AAUUGGCAUUAGUAUUAUAGAAGAAUUUAUAUUGUAAGCACUACCAAAGUUAAAACAGAAAAACUAAAAAAAUAUAUAUUUUUUAUAAAAAAACUUAUAUAGUGCUUACAAAAAUAAAAACAGCAACACUAAAGGACUAUUACACAUAAUAAAAUACCCAAAAGGAUUAUUUACAAAAUUAUUUAAAGUGAAAAAAUAAAACACAUACAAAAACAAAAUAUAAAAGAAGAAAACAAAGUGCAAACGAAAAAAGUGCUAAAAUUUUAUAAAUAACAAAAAUGUGGCCAAAAAAGACAUUUAAUAUUUCUCAACUAUUAAUUAUAGUGUUUAUAACUAUUUGUGUUUUAACAACUAUCACUAGUGCCAGCACUGAAAAUAUCUCAUCAUCAUCGUCAUCCUCUUCCUCCUCUUCCUCCUCUUCGUCAUCGUCGUCAACAACAUCCUUACAAAAUGCUGGCACACGCACAGUGUUACGCAUCUAUGAUGAGUGCACCCGGGCCGAAGGUGGUUUUGUGCCAUGUCUUAAGAAAAAGGCCAUUUCUUUUAUUGAUCGUAUCUCGUAUAUUGAUGCUAUAACCGUGGCCGAUGGCAUUAAAGUUGUACGACUACCGGGCACCUCAUUAAACGAUCUACCAGCUAUACGUCCUAUGUUUAGUGAAAAUGAAGUUGAGUCAUCGUUAUCGCGUUCCGGUGAAGACCGUGAUACAAAAUUAACGAAUAUGUUGGUGGAACGUUUAAGUAAUUUCUUUAAUGGUCAUACGUUGCAAGUUAGUUUUCCGAAAUUGACUUCGGAGGAAAUUGGCCGGGGACUGGAAGAAGGUCGUGGUAAAAUGAAGAAAAUGAUGAGCAUGAUGAUGAUGGGUAUGGCUAUGAAAAUGAUGGGUAUGCUGCCAAUUGCCAUGGGAAUGUUGUAUAUGUUGGCUGGCAAGGCCUUAAUUAUUUCAAAGAUUGCUUUGUUACUGGCGGGUAUUAUGGGUUUGAAGAAACUACUCUCAAGUAAAUCAUCGGGCGGCAGUUCCGGUUGGUCUUCUGGUGGAGGCGGUGGUGGUGGCGGUUGGUCUUCAGGUGGUGGCGGUGGUGGUUGGGAUAGAAGAUCCCUGAAUCAGGCUCAUGAUUUAGCUUAUCGUAGUUAUACAAAACAAUUGCAACAGCAACAACUGAAACUACAACAACACCAACAACAGCAGCCACAACAGCAACAAAAGUCAUCAACAGAACAAAAAUUAUAAAAAUUAGAAGAUUAUUUUAAAAUUGUUAAAUUAUCUUAUAGAUAAUUUUCACAUAUUUUCUAUGUCUUCUCUCAAAUGACAUUUUGUAAUUAGAAACUUCUUAAAACAAUUUCAGCUUAGCUCCAGCCCUUAACUUUUAAUAAAGUAAUCAUUACUACUAUUUUGUAUAGAAUAACUUAUCUUACUUAAACUUUACUAAAGUUUUCUAUAGAAUUUCAAUUUAAAAUAUUCCGUUUUAAUAAUUGUUUUUUUUUCUUUUUAAUUCCCCUCAGCUUAUUGUUGUCUCUAUAUUCAUAAUUUAUACAAAUUUACCGUAAUUUAAUAUUAUUUAUUAUGCAUCUCAUUUAACAUUGCUAUAAAAUUUCUACUGUUAUUUUCUGCGUAAAUUCUAUUAUAAACUUUAAUUAAACUUUAACGUUUCUCUUCUCAUCUUCAUUCCAUUUGAUUUUCUCUAGAUCAACUUUGAACUUAUUUCGUUGCAUUUCAUGUUGUUUGAAAUUGCGCUGACAUACACUGAACUGAAUAUUAGAAGUAUUUGUACCAAUGGAUGAAUGUAUUUUCUAUUUUUCUGUAAUUUCAAAUACAGUUUGUUGCAUGUUGCAUAAUUCUUGAAAAUUAUAAACGUGCUUCCAUUAGCAUUAUCAUACAUUCAUACUAAGCUUUAGAAGUGUAGUGAUUAUAACUAGCAUUUCUUAUUCUCCAUACAUUCAUUAUCUUUUACUUUAGAAACUGUAGAUUUUCUUGAAAAGUCCGCUUAUUUCCGCAUCUAUUGUGUACUUUUGUUCCGUUAGUACAUUUAAGUUCUUAUUCUACUUAUUUUUAUUAUUAUUUUAUUUUAAUUUAUUGUAUCUUAAUUUAUAAGCUUCUUAUUUAAAACAUGUUUUUAUUUUAUUCUUUAAUUUAUUUAUUUUUUAUUAUAAAU